AUGACUAUUGAGUUUGUUGCUUCAAAAAUGGUGGAAGAAGAUUUAGAGGUGGAAAUUGAAGGAGAGGACGUAGAUAACGAGAUGAAAUACCGGGAAGCAUCGCUGAUGAUGUAUGUCAUAGGAAAAGAUCUUAGUAUGAAUGAUGUUAAGCAAUUCAUGACUAGGUUUUGGAAUUUCAUAAAACUGUCUGAGAUGUUUUACCAUGAAGAAUGGUAUUUUAUCAUACGCUUUAAGUCAUUUGCUAGUAAAGAGACGGUGCAGAUGAAGGGCCCUUAUACUAUAUACAACAUGCCAAUGAUCCUAAAAGAUUGGAGUCAAGAUUUCAACUUCAAGAGAGACAUGCUUAGGACCCUUCCCAUUUGGGUUACUCUUCCUCAUAUCCCUUUGCAUCUUUGGGGGCCUAAAAGCUUAAGUAAAAUAGGAAGUGUGCUUGGUAAUCCUCUUUUCACUAAUGAAUGCACAACAAACAAACUGAGGAUUUCAAAUGCGAGAAUUUUGGUGGAAAUAGACAUUACUCAGAAGUAG